AUGGCCGUUGAAUUGAACACGUGCCAAGAACCGCGAACGCACACGCUACGCGUCCUGCCCCCUGCCCCGCCUCCCUCGCCUUUCAAGUCGGGAAACAUUUACUAUACCUGCAAAUAUAACAAAUCUCUGUUUCGAGCUGAGAAUUUCAAGGUGCUUCAUAGACUAUGACUUAUCGACUUUUUAGGAACGCCUCGCGGCGAGUAAUGGGCACAUUUCUGCCGAUCCGCGCGUCACGUCAUCUCUACCAACAAGUUUACAGGUUUUCCCAUGUUUCCUGUUUUUUGAGACUCACAAAGGUGCUACCAAUAUUGUUUUUACAGUAAGAAGUCGUGUCUGACUGAUUUUUUGAUCGAUUUUUAAAGAAAUAUCGGAACUUGGGGGAUUUUUCAAGUUUCAAAGAUUUUAUUGCGAAUCUCUUGAAAAUAUUAAAGGCGAAUUUUUUUAAGAGAAGAUUUUUUUCUCAUUUUUGUCGGUUUGGAAAAUAAAUAUUUAUAGCUGAUUAACGGUGGGCUUGAGCCACCGAAAAAUGAGCUAAUUAAAGAGAUAGUGCCUAAUUGGUGGAGAGCCCAGACAAAAGAGAAGGGAUCCACGCCUGUUUAAGGUGGCCGGUCGUAUUACGGUAGUUUGGAUAGGUUUUUCAAUAACAAAAUGGAAUCUUGUGUACUUUUUGUGACGUAAUUUACAAAUUCAAAAAAGAAAGAAAAUUUUAAAAAAAUUCCUGGCUCCGAAACUGACUGCGCAAUAUUGACCGGCCACCGGCCGCCGUAGUACUGUUUCAAACAUGCGUGGCUCAGACUUGAGAAAUUGUUUAAAAAAACAAAUUUCUAAAUCAAUCUUUUUUUGAUCGUGUUCGGCGACGCCGACGGUUUCGGCGAUCAACGACGCGUCGGGCAGCGGCGACGUGAAUGGCUUCGUCCAGGAUCUCGUCAAGCAGAUGCAGGUAUUUCUUCUGGAAAAAGCCCAGAAGGACCUGAAAAGAACAUUUGGAAAAAAGAAGAUGCAUUUUUCUUGAAAAAAUUGAAAAAGUGGAGAUUCAGAGAAACUUUGAGACCUUUUGAGAGACUCAAAAAUAUCUUUAGAUACUUCUUUUUAAGGCCUUUGUGAGGUCUUCGAACUUUGUCUGUGCUCUUUUUUUGUCACUUUCAAAAAAAGAUGACUUAAAAGUGAUCUCGCAGUUCUCAAGAGAAAACUUCGAAAUCUUUAAAUGAAGAAAAAUUCUGACGGGGUCUGUCAAUUUUUUUCAGAACCUAACAGCUUUGAAAAAAAAUUUUUUUACAGUAUCAUCUUUUUUCUCCAUUUAACAAUUUUUUUAAGAUCCAGAACAGUGGAGAAAGGCCUUUUUUUCAUUUUCAUUCACAUCUUCACUUACUCUGUGAAAUUUUACGAGUUUUGAUGGUUUCCAGGGCGAUUUGCUCGAGGAACUUCUGCCCAGCGACCCGCAUGCCACGCUCAGCUCUUUACGUACUUCUGAACUGCUGGAAAACCUCGGCGAAAUGACCAAAUAUUAUUUCCAGCAGGUUGGAAUUAAGCUCAAGUGACGAAAUGAUUCGAUGUUUCAGGGCGGGAAAAUGUUGAGGCCGACGAUAGCCCUUCUGAUGGCGAGCGCGUGCAAUUCGGCCACGCAGCGGACCAUCGAGUGGGCCUUUUUUUAGAAACUGAAUGGGAAAAUCAUGAUUCUUUGGGUAUUCUGAGAAACUACAGAGUGGUCCUUGUGGGGGUACCCUAGGGCUCCUUGAAGACCUCGACCCCUCUAGGGACCACUUUACCUCCCCUAUAAAGACCUCUCGAGCUUGAGGGGCUUAAGGGUUAGACUCUGAACUCCUAUAGGGAUCACUUAAACCUUACCCCUAUAGGGCCUGUUUUUCCCUCGAACCCCUAAAAGGACCACUAUGGCUUUUUAAAGUCAGGUACUUCUAGAAAUUGAGAAAAAAACGAUUUUUUCCGUGAUCAUUCCAAAGUCUUAAAAAACCUAGAGGUCCUUAGAAGGCUGAAAUCGAAGUGGUCCCUAUAGGGGUUUAGGAUUUGACCUUCAAGCCCUCAAAGCUCAAGUGGUCCCUUUAGCGGCCUUUCAAUUUUCCUUUCUGAUUUGAAAGUUGGAAAGGAGUAUUAAAACUUGAUAGGUUAGUUUAUUGACCACUAGCAUGCUCCCUAGAGUGGCAACUUUGCAAGCUUUAGUGCCAACUUUAGAAGGAGAUAAGGUGGCCCUUUGAAGGAAUCAUACCAGAGCUUCUACGAUAGCCACUCUAGGGAUCACUCGGUGCUCCUAAGUAAGCCUUCAUUUUCCCAGACACCCAGUGGUGGGGUCUCGAUCUCACGCCGCCGUCUGCCAAAAUCAGUACAAGAUCGGGAUGAUCGCCGAAAUGAUCCACACGGCGAGUCUGGUCCACGAUGACGUCAUCGAUGAAGCCACCGCCCGGAGGGGAAACGCCAGCGUCAACGCCGUCUGGGGCAACAAAAUGGUUCGAUUUUGAUUUGAAAAAAAAUUAAGCUCAUAUGAAGUUUGAUAAAUUUUCCGUGAAGAAAUGAAGUUUUGCUGGAAAUAACUUUGAUUUUUCUAAAAAAAAAAUUAAGCUAUCAAAAAAAUGAAGAGUAUCUGAUGCCUACAAAUCGUUUAAGGAAAUGUGAUAUAUUUUGAUGAAUUUUAAAAACUUUGAGUUUGAAUAUAUGAUGACGAAUCCCGUUUUAUUUUAAAUAAAGGUUCGGCUCAACCAGGAAAAUAUACCGUGUCAAGAAUUCACUCAAAACUGAAUAAGUUCUUUUCAAAGAAAAGUCUGAUAAUAAACCAAAAAUAGUUUUUCACGCCUUUUUUUUCUAGUCAAUUUAUAAUGGUUAUUAGUAUCGAUUUUAUCAUUUUAUUGAUUUGGAAGAUCGGAAAAAAGAUUCAAGUUUUUCUCUUGACAUUUUCGCAAAAAAUUCUGGGAAAAUUUUUAGUGGCCACUAUAGGGGCUCGCCAAGGACUACUUACAGAGGACUCUAAAGAGGUCACUAAAUCCACCUCUAUAGUGGCUAAUAUUUUCCGUUUUAGUGGAUACUAUAGAGGUUUUCUAUUUAGUGGCCACUGCAGUAGUUUUCCAUCCAGUAUUCCUUCCAGAACCUCUGAUAAUUUUAAAACAAACAGAUUUGACCAGUUAUGUUGAUCCAUUGACCCCUAAAGUGGCUACUAAUUCGACUACUAUAGUGGCCACUAAAAUGUCAAAACCCUUUAGUGGCCACUAAAAAGUUUCCCAGCUAUCCAGUUUUUUUUUCAAGUCAGUUCUGGUCGGCGACUACAUCUUGGCGAGAGCGACCCAAGUUCUGUGCUCCAUCGGACGACCCUACGUCAUCUCCACGAUGGCCAGGAUCAUCCAGGACUUGGUCGUGGUUCGUUUCUUCAAUCAAUAGUUAUGGACGAUUCACGGCUAGCUUGGGACGCAAAAAGGCGUGGCCUGUCUGCACUCUCCACCAACCAGGGCACUGUCUCGUCUCUUUUCGUGGCAGGACCCUUUUCUCGAUGGCUCAAGCCAGCCGUGAAUCAGCUAUAAAAGAAGGGUUCAAAGAGAUAAAGAGAAUUUCCAACCUUUCAAAGAAAUCCAAAAUGUUCAGGGUGAGUUCCUACAAACGACCACAGCCCCGAAAGACGAGGGAAUGGACCGGCGGAUAGAGGAAUACAUCAAGAAAACCUACCACAAAACGGCCAGUCUUUUCGCCAACAGCUGCAAGUCGGCCGCCAUCUUGACUGGUCUCUUUUUUGAUUUUUCAGGGAAUUGGAGGGUUUUUUUGAAAAACUGUAGGUUAAUAUUGUGCAUAUAGUUUGAUCAGAUUUUUAAUCCCAAGGCGACCCUCAAGCUCCGCCCCUAAUGACGCGAUAAACGAAUCAGAGAGCGAGCCAUCCACAGAGCGAUUUCUAAUGACGUCAUUCUACUUGAUAUUCAAAAUCUGAAAAAAAUAAAAUUCACUGGGAAAAAUUUUUUUAGUGGCUACUAUAGGGUUUUUGACGUUUUAGUGGCCACUAUGGAAAUCAAACUAGUGGCCACUUAAGGGGUUAAAAAUUAGUGGCCACUAUAGAGGUCUAGGUGGUACUACUGGACCACUAAAAAUUUUAGUGGCCACUAUAGAAGUCAAAUUAGUGGCCACUUAAUGGGUUUAACAUUAGUGACCACUAUAGAGGUCUAAGUUCUACUACUAGAUCACAAACAAUUUUAGUGGCCACUUUAGGGGUCAAUGGAUCAACAUAACUGGUCCAAUCUGUUUUUUUUUUUUUAAUUAUCAAGGUUACUGGAAGGAAUACUAGAUGAAAAACUACUGAAGUGGCCACUAAAACCGAAAAUAGUGGCCACUAUAGAGGUGAGUUUAGUGGCCACUUUAGUGUUCUCUCCAAGUAGUCCCUCUAUAGUGGCCACCAAAAAUUUUCCCAGCAGAGAAAGGCGUUUAGCCUGAAAAAGUUUUUGACAAGCACCAAAAAGUCUAGAAAAAAGACCAAAUUUGAUAAAUCCGCCUUUUUUUAAGGAUAAACUCGUUUUUUUCGGUUUAACAGUAUUCGCGUACUCAACUGUCAUGUUAACUUUUGUUAAAGAACGACCGGAACUUCAAUAUGGGUUUUUGCGUGUGUGAAGCCGUUACCGAUAUCAUUUUAUGGGAAACAGAGCAUUUCUCGUUUUUUAAUUUUUCAUCAGUUCAGAGAAAGCCUAAAGGUGAUUUUCAGCUUUGGAGUUUUGUUAAACCAGUGAUAAUUCAAAAAAAAAAAGAAUAAUAAAUCAAUGAACGACCUUUUUUUCCAGUACAAAAUAUCUUAAAAAAAUCAAAAAAAAUAUCUUUUUUUCUUGUAGUCAAAGGAUUAGUAAAAAAACUGAAUUAAUCCAAUAAUUCGGUUUUCACUAGCUGAAAAUGAAUCGAAACGUCGCAAAAUUUGCGAAAAAGGUUACGGUAACGGCUUUUGUGCAAUACACCGUCACGCGAAAGUCCAUGAUUUGAAAUUUUUUCGCUUUUUUACGCUUUUUCUUUCUUUUGUUUUUUUUUCUUUUGUUGUUUUUUUGAAAUAAUAUUAAUAUUUUAAUUCAGAUGAGAACGACAAGAAGUUGCACUCGUUGGCUUUCGAGUACGGCCGAAACCUUGGGAUCGCUUUCCAAUUGGUCGAUGAUACCUUGGAUUUUGUCGCGACUUCGGAUGAGUUGGGCAAACCCGUCGCGGCAGACUUGAAAUUAGGUAGAAGAUUCAUUUCAGGAGAUAUUCAACGAAAAUGUUGGUUUUUCUUACAAUUUUUGGUUUUUGAACAACUUUCUUCCAAUCAGAUUUUAAAAUCAAACGGCGGAAUAUUGAAAUUACGUUUUUCUUCAGAAGCACUCUUAUCUGUGAUUUUUUAAAAUAUACCAUUUAUUCAAUUCGCACUGAAAACGACUACAAGAUAAGCUUUCAUCUCAAACAUCGUUUCUCACAGCCUUUUCAAAUCAGAAAAUGAAGUUUUACAGGUCUCGCGACGGGUCCAGUCAUCUUCGCAAGUGUCGAGUAUCCCGAGCUGAGAGAAAUGAUCGCUGGGAAGUUCUCGGGAGCUGGAGAAGCCGAAAAAGCGCGAGAGAUCGUCCUCAACUCCAACGGGCUCAAGAGAACUCGGGAGUUGAUAGAUCGGUAUUCCCACGAUGCCGCCCGAUUGGUAAGAUCUCAUUCGUUUUUCAAAUAGAUGAAAAGAAAAUUAGAAAUGGUGCAACUAAAAUGUUCUUUUUGAAGCUGGUUAGAUAAAAAAAAAACAAACUGUUUUUGGUCCGUUUUUGGUAAUUUUCAUAUCUUUUUAUUUUUUUCUAAUUUUCGGAGCAGACGAUCAUCGUCGCUUGUGUAAUAGCUGCAGAAAAAAGCGCCAUGACUGACAAAAGCCCUAAAAUGGCUUUUUGGUAAACCGCGCCGCACUUGCAAAAAAGGCGUGCACGACUUGCUGGACACCUGACGGGUCUAAACUUAUCCAAUUUUUUUGAUUUUUUUUUGAGUUCUGCGUUCAUGAUUUGUACACAUCAUCCUGAAAACUGAAAUUUCCUAAAAAUCAUCAAAUGUUCUCUGUUCAUUUUUUGAGCCCCCUAGUUAUGAAAAUUUACCGAGUAACUUUUGAACUUCUUUAGCGAAAAUUUCACUUUCAUCCAAGAACUAAACUUCCCUGAAAAUUAUCAUCAAAUACUUUCAUCUUGGGAAUUUUCCCUUGAGUUCCUACUUCCGAUAACUUUCAUAAGUCUCUUCAAAAACAGCGUUUUUCCAGAUUGGCCAACUGCCAAAUCGAAGCGAAGCAUCUGAAAAGCUGAUCGAAAUCGCUUUGGCGCAAGCCGAGCGAAAAUAUUGA